AUGGGAAAAAAAACUAAAAACAAUGCUUCUACACUAAAGAAGUUUGUACAUAAACCAAGGUUUGGUAAUAAUUUUUUGGUGGAUCCUCAAGGUACUGCUGGUGGGUUACUUCUGUUGUGGAAUGAUGAAGUGACUGUCCAUAUUCAACUCACUUCUUCUUUCUUUAUUGUGGCUGCAGUGCAAUUAGAAGAUGGUUCUUUGUUUGAUGUAAUCUUUUGUCAUCUUCACUGUAACCCAGCAAUUAGGUGUUCUCAGUUCCUUUGUUUAGCUGCUUUAAAAUCUCAGUUGUUAAAUAACUUUGUAGUGUGUGGAGAUUUUAAUGAUAUAUUGUACCCUUCUGAGAAAGAAGGUGGACUUGCCUAUGUCCCAGCUUCUCAUUUCCAAUUUCUGAAUUUCAUUCGUGAAUUAUGUUUAUUAGACCUUGGAUAUAUUGGUAGCCAUUUUACAUGGUCUAAUAGGAGGCAAUAUCCUGAUUUGAUAAGACUCAGGCUUGAUCGGGUUUUAGCUUCAGGGGGUUGGACAUCCUUAUUCCCACAGGCAAACAUUCUACACCUAUCUGAUUUAGGGUCAGAUCAUUGCCCUCUACUGUUAAAUACUCAGAAUUUUAUACCUCGUCGAUCUUUCUUGUUCAAAUUUGAUAGAAGAUGGGGUACACAUCCUGAGGUGUUACCAUUACUCACUAAUAUUUGGGGGACAUCUGUAGCAGGAUCUAAGUUGUACCAAGUUUUUACUAAAUUGAAACAAACUAGACAUCAUUUGAAAACUUGGAGUUCUCAACUUUACAAGAGAUCCUAUCGCAAUACAGAAGCUAUUACACGCAGAAUAAUAGAUCUCAAGCAAAUUUCUCCUAUGGAUAUAGAUUGGUCAACUAUUCGAGAUUUGGAGUAUCAGUUAAAACAGUUUCAUAUUCAAGAUGAAAUAUAUUGGGCUCAAAAAUCAAGAGUUCAAUGGUUAAAAUGUGGGGACUGCAACUCCAAAUUUUUUCAUGCCAAAUAUAAAGAGAGGAACCGAAGAAACAACAUUUCUGGUUUGAGAAGUAUGCAGGGUUCUUGGGUUACUGAUCAAAUUUCAAUUAAUACUCUCAUCCUCAAUCAUUUUCAAAAUAUAUAUCAAACCAGUGUUCCAGUUGGGAUUGAAUCUUGUUUACAACAUUUCCCAUCAACUAUUACAGCAACAAUGAAUGCCUCUUUAUCAAGCCCUAUAACAGCAGCUGAAGUUCAUACUGCAAUUUUCUCUAUUAAUUCUUGGAAGGCUCCAGGUAUUGAUGGAUUUACAUCCUUCUUUUUUCAAACUUAUUGGCCUUUGAUUGGAAAUCAAAUUACUCAAGCAGUACAAUCUUUUUUUUUUAUUAAAGGAAGGAUGCUUAAGAGUAUUAAUCAUACUCUUAUUGUUUUAAUUCCUAAAGUCAAGUGGCCACAACAAGUGUCUGAUUUCCGACCCAUAAGUUUAUGCAAUGUGCUUUACAAAAUUAUUUCAAAGAUCUUGACUGCUCGAUUGCAAGAAGUUCUCCCUCACAUUAUCAGCUACAGCCAGAAUGCUUUUGUAAAGAAUAGGGUUAUAUCUGAAAAUAUUUUGCUCGUUCAUGAAAUACUACAUUCUUUCAAGCAUCAGAAAACUAAACAUAGUCAGAAUUUGGCUUUAAAGCUUGAUAUAAGCAAAGCGUAUGAUAGAAUUGAAUGGAGUUUUUUGCAACACAUUAUGCAGAAAUGGGGUUUUUCAGAUAUCUUCAUCAAUUGGAUUAUGCAAUGUGUGACUUCGGUAACUUUCUCAAUUCAAAUUAAUGGUCAUAUUCAGGGGUAUUUUCAUCCAUCUCGAGGUUUGCGACAAGGAGAUCCUUUGUCUCCUUUAUUAUUUGUUAUUUGUGCUCAGGGUUUAUCUCAUAUGAUUGAUCAAGCUGUCAAUUCAGGUUUUUUGUCUGGUAUCAAAUUGCAAAGGAAUGGACCAGUUAUAUCGCAUUUAUUAUUUGCGGAUGAUUCCAUUAUUUUCUCACAGGCUGAUAUGCAAUCAGUUAUUCGAAUCCAACCUCUGUUACAUAAAUAUGCUUUAGCAAGUGGACAAGUGAUUAACAUGGAUAAAUCUGAUCUAUUUUUUAGUGCAAAUGUGGAUUCUCAGUUGCGACGACAGAUAGCUUCUUUCAUGCAGAUUCAGCAUCAAUCCCAAUCUCAGAAGUAUUUAAGAAUUCCUACUUUCUUUGGAGCUUCUAAAAGUGUUACUUUCAGUCAUAUUGUGCACAAGAUUCAGCAUAAACUGAAUGGUUGGACAGAAAACUACCUUUCUAUGGGAGGUAAGGAGGUGUUAAUAAAGGCUAUCAUCUCUGCUAUACCCAUUUAUACAAUGAUGUGCUUUCGCCUUCCUGUUUCAUUAUGCAACAAAAUUAAUCAAAUGGUGGCUACUUAUUGGUGGGGUCAAAAUGGAGAUAUAAGAAAAAUGCAUUGGAUUGCAUGGUCUACUAUUUGUCAAAGCAAAUGGAAUGGUGGCCUCGGAUUUAAAGAUAUGGCUUGCUUCAAUCAAAGUUUACUUGCAAAACAAGUUUGGAGAUUAGUUCAGUCUCCAAAUUCGUUAUUAUCUCAGGUUUUGAAAGCAAGAUAUUUUCCUCAUACUGAUAUCUUACAUGCUUCUAUUGGAAGACGACCUUCAUGGGGUUGGCGAAGCUUAAUUCAUGGUCUUCGAUUGUUGAAACAGGGCCUCCUUUGGCAAAUAAACUCAGGAAAUAGUGUUCACUGUUUUACUCAACCUUGGAUUCCUCCAACUUAUCCAUUUCUUCCUCAUGCACGAAAUUUAGUAUCUCAUCCAGACUUGAGCAUGAAAGUUGCUGAUCUUAAAGUUCCUUCAACUGCUACUUGGGAUCCAGAUGGUCAAUUCACGGUAAAAUCUGGCUAUCAUACAGCAUUACAAAAAAAAUAUCCUAUGCAUCUUGUUGCCGUGCCAAAUUUUAAUCCUGCACGCUGGAAAUUCUUAUGGAAUCUUUUACUUCCAAACAAGAUUAAGAUUUUUCUAUGGCGAGCCAUACAUGGUGGUCUAGCUACAGGCGCAGAACUAGAUAGGAGAUUGCAAACAUCGCAUUGUUGUUCCUUUUGUGGUGAAAUGGAGACUUUGGAACAUCUUUUUUUUGAAUGUCCCCAAGUAGUUCAGGUUUGGUUCCUUAGUCCUCUUUCUCUGCGUGCUUCCAAUUUUCCAUCUAUUCAUUUCUCACAGUUAUGGUUGAUUAUUACUGAUCAGUUGCACCAAAUGGAUUCUUCAAACAGUAGUGUCCAACUUUUCUGUUUUAUUUUAUGGCAAAUUUGGAAAACCAGGAAUAAAAAUGUUUUUGAUAACAUGGUGGUGCAACCUUCUGAAGUCUCUUUAGUAAGUUGUCAGGCGUCUACAGAAUUUGCUAAUAGUCAGGUGGAUAUAUCUCCUUCGUUUCCAAUUCUGGAAAAUAGGGUUCCUCAGCAACUCAGAUGGAUACCUCCACCACAGGGCAUACUCAAGCUCAAUUAUGAUGCAGCCACUGAUCACAAACAUAAAUUUGGUACAAUUGGAGUUAUAGCUAGAGAUAAUUUGGGAGUUACAAAAGGGAGAUUCACAGCGUUCUUUCGAUUCAUAUGGGAUCCUGGAGUUCUAGAGUUUCUAGCGUUACGGGAAGCUAUGAUUUGGGCACUGAAAAUGGGAUGGUUUUCUGUGAUUUUUGAAGGAGAUGCCGCUCAAAUUUCUUAAGUUAUGCACCAACAAUCUAUAUGUAAUUCAUCUGUUUGGAGAAUUUAUCGGGAUACUUUGCAUCUCCAAUCUAGGUUUCAUGAAUCACAGGUUCGGUAUGUCUCAAGACGUUUUAAUGCAGAGGCUCAUAACUUAGCUCAAUCAUGUAAAAGUUCUUUUCUGCAGAUGCAAGUUUAGAGUUAUUUGCUUUCUUGUAUUUGUACUCACAUAUUUAUUUCCUUAAUA